CUCUUUCUGGCAGACACCCAAGUCCAACCAUGGUGGGAAGUCAUCCAUUGUCAAUGCCUCCUCGGGGUCCUUCUUAUCGCCUUCAAAUACCUAUGGGCCAUCCACAUUUAGAUCUUACCCGAAUCCCACAGCAAAUGAUACACAUUCCAACCAGUCCUGCCACAGGUAUGCCACCACAGCUAAAUCCAUUCAGACCAUCACACCCAGAUACUCUUACUCCAGCUCCUGUGCCAUCAGAGACUCUUACACAAACCUCGGUAGAAGCAGCUGCCCCAGAGAGCAUUGCAAAGCCUUCAGAAGCUGCAAGUACACAAACUGUAUUCCUGUCUACACCAUGUGACACAGCCUCUGUGUCUCCUGUACCAGCCCAACUUCAAGGGGAACUAUCAAAUGCAGAAGGCAGCAGUCCACUUGUGCAGGUGUCAGCAUCGUCUACCACAUCUCAGAGCCAAAAUCAGCAGCCACAGCUUAUGGAGUUGGCUAGUUGUGGCGAUGCAGGAGUGUCAAAAACACCAGACAACUCUGUACAAACUGACACAAGUGAAAGUAACAUGCAAAAGAAACAGUGUGAUGAUGGAAUUCACUGUGGAACAGAUGAUGAGCAGGAGAGAUUGUCGACAGGAAGAAAGGUUUGUGAUGAUGGCAUCCACUGUGGAACAGAUGAUGAAGAAAAAUCUGCAACAGGACAAAAAAUCUGCAGUGAUGGCAUCCACUGUGGGACAGAUGAUGAGGAAGAGAAAUCCAAUGCAGAAAGAAAAGUUUGUGAUGAUGGAAUCCACUGUGGUACAGAUGAUGAAGAGGAGAAACCGGCAUCGAGGAAAAUGCUCUGCAGUGAUGGUAUCCACUGUGGUACUGAUGAUGAAGAGGAGAAACCUGCGGCAGAGCAAAAAACCUGCAGCGACGGUAUCCAUUGUGGUACAGACAAUGAAGAGGAGGAAACUGCACCUAGGAAAAAGCUCUGCAGCGAUGGUAUCCACUGCAGUACAGAUGAUGAAGAGGAGAAACCUGCUAAAGGACAAAAAACCUGCAGUGAUGGUAUUCACUGUGGUACCGAUGAUGAAGAGGAGGAACCUGCACCAAGGAAAAAGCUCUGCAGUGAUGGUAUUCACUGUGGGACUGAUGAUGAGGAAGAGAAAUCUGCUAAAGGAUCAAAAACCUGCAGUGAUGGUAUCCAUUGUGGUACAGACAAUGAAGAGGAGGAAACUGCACCAAGGAAAAAGCUCUGCAGCGAUGGUAUCCACUGCAGUACAGAUGAUGAAGAGGAGAAACCUGCUAAAGGACAAAAAACCUGCAGUGAUGGUAUUCACUGUGGUACGGAUGAUGAAGAGGAGAAAUCUGCUAAAGGAUCAAAAACCUGCAGUGAUGGUAUCCAUUGUGGUACAGACAAUGAAGAGGAGGAAACUGCACCAAGGAAAAAGCUCUGCAGCGAUGGUAUCCACUGCAGUACAGAUGAUGAAGAGGAGAAACCUGCUACAGGACAAAAAACCUGCAGUGAUGGUAUUCACUGUGGUACCGAUGAUGAAGAGGAGGAACCUGCACCAAGGAAAAAGCUCUGCAGUGAUGGUAUUCACUGUGGGACUGAUGAUGAGGAAGAGAAAUCCAUUGCAGAAAGAAAAGUUUGUGAUGAUGGAAUCCACUGUGGUACAGAUGAGGAAGAGGAGAAACCUGCAUCAAGGAAACAGUUCUGUAAUGAUGGUAUCCACUGCAGUACGGAUAAUGAGGAGAAACCUGCGGCAGAGCAAAAAACCUGCAGUGAUGGUAUCCACUGCGGUACGGAUGAUGAAGAGGAGAAACCUGCUACAGGACAAAAAACCUGCAAUGAUGGUAUCCACUGUGGUACAGAUGAUGAAGAGGAGAAACCUGCAGCAAAGAAAAAGCCCUGCAGUGAUGGUAUCCAUUGUGGUACAGACGAUGAGGAAGGAAGUUUCACAAUGAGCAGAACUAAAGAUGGAAGAGUGAAAUAUAGUAUAAAUAAUGAUAAAGGUAGAUUCUCUGAAAGAACAACUUUUUGUGAUGAUGGCAUUCAUUGUGGUACAGAUGAUGAGGAGGAUAAGCCAUCAGUUUCCAGAAAAGUUUGUGAUGAUGGAAUACACUGUGGUACAGAUGAUGAGACUGAUAAACCCAUAGCAAAAGGAAAAGUUUGUGAUGAUGGAAUUCAUUGUGGUACAGAUGAUGAGGAGAAUAAGCCAUCAGGUUCCAAAAAAGUUUGUGAUGAUGGAAUACGCUGUGGUACAGAUAAUGAAACUGAUAACCCCAUAGCAAAAAGAACAGUUUGUGACGAUGAUAUUCAUUUUGGUAUAGAUGACAAAGGAGAUAAACCCCCAACAAGGAAAAUGUGUGAUGAUGGAAUACACUGUGGUACAGAUGAUGAAACAGACAUACCCAUGAAAGAUAAAUGUGUCACAGGCACCAAUCCACAGACAGUGGUAACAGGGAAAGUUUGUCAUGAUGGACUGCACUGCGGUACAGAUGAUGAAGCAGAUGGGCAGAUACCUGCUGAAUCCUACUCAUCAGCAGCUAGUGGUGCAGCAUUGCCAGUCCCUGACAUCAGUGUCUCCCAUUCCAGUAAUGCCAUUACACUAUCUAUUUUACCACCCACAAACAUUCCUGAAGUAAGUCACUCUGAAACCACUGUGCACUCAGAUUCCACCUCAUCUUCUGGCUUUGUUUCUAGCACAGACCCGACACCUUCCUCUCAGGGUAUUAACAACACUCCAGGUAGUCAAACUCCAGAAACAAGCACAGAUCAAGCACCUGUGCAGAAGUCUCCAGAUAAGCAGCCAUCAUCAGUGGAAGGAGCUGAUCCUUCAGGGUCUGCCAGUGAGCCUCUUUCAUCACAAACUCAGCCAUUACAACCUGCUUUGCAACCUCAAGACACCGUUCCACAUGAGAUCUCCAAAGUAAUUUCCUCCUCGGUGCCUGGCUUGGGUAACAUGGCUUCUGUGUCAACAGGUUCCGUGACUCAACUGGGAACAGCCAGCAUGCAUACACAAGCAAGUACUGAAACAAAGCAAGUGGUGGAUCAGACAUCCGGCGCUGGAUAUGACAUGCAGCCCAGUUUUUCAGUUCAGGAACAGGAAGCUGGUCAGGUCAUUAGAUCAUCUGCUCUUGUGCAGACCCCAACUGACGCAUCCCUUUCCCCCGCAGAUGUUUCCUUCUCAUGUGCUGUAAAUAAUUCUGUCAUGUCUGCAUCUCACCAUCCUUUUGUACAUCCACAGCAGACAGAGUCUUCUAGCAGACUAGUCGAUUCUACUUUGAGCGAAUUGCCCGGAGCAAUGGAGUGUGAAGACAACCAGCAAGAGGCUUUGACCAGCCAUGGUGAUGUCUGUGCUGAGCCACCUCUCUCCCCUUUUAGUAGAGCAGAGCCAGAUGCUAAAAACAUGCAAAACGAAUCUGAGGCAUCUAGCAUAGGCACAGCUGUUUUGUCUUUAGCAUCCAGCUCAGGCUCGGACAAUGUUGUUCCAAUGCAAGAGGCAGCAUUCACAUCAACACCACAGACAGCAGUGAUUAGUGGAUCUCAAGAGCUUUUUCAGUCGACCAGUAUUAAUACUGCUGCUUCCACUCUUUCCUCUCAGACACCAGUCAGCGCUCACUCAGAUCAAACAGUUCACAGAGACACUACUGCAGAAAGUGAUAUCAAAAUGAAAGAGUCAACAUGUGUGCCAUCUUUGCCAAAUGCAAGCACCACUGCUUUAGGACAGCUUCCUUUUCCAAGAGAUACUGUACCACUCACUCAUUUACCACAGGCAACAGCAUCCAGCAAAUCAGUGAUGGAGACUUCACCACAGCAUUUAACCGAAGGGUCAGCAACUGAAUCAGCUCAGAGUGCACCAGGAAGAUCACCUUUCUCAGAACAAGGCCAGAUAGGCAUUGAAAGUGCAUUGUCUGCCUCACCAACAGGAUCUAGUCAACCGGCUAGAAUUGACACACUCAAUAUGUCAAAGGAAGGAAAGCCUACGGUACAACUCUCAGCACCACCAGCUGUAUCAACAGAGAGCACACUGUUGGCCUCAUCAGGGACUGGUAGUAGCUUAGCUGCACAUGUUCGGCAUCCCCAGCCACUACCAGUAAGCAGUCCUAUGCACUACCCGGCUGGCCACCCUCUGGCAGGUCAGCCACGCCCACCUCUUGACAUGCUUGCUCGUGUUUCACAGUCUGCUCUGUCAUCAGCAGGCACAGCUCUUCCCACUUCUCAGGCCUCUCCUCCUUCAGCAGGGACUCAGCCAAACCAUGAGAUGAUAAGGAGUAACUUUCCACGGCAUCCACCUCCACAGCUUUCCCCACACCUGGUGAUGGGCCAAACUCAUGUCAUACCUGCUACAACAUCCCAAGCAGCACAGCAUAGUCCCACUUUGCCAUUUCCAGGGGAUGUGUACUCUCCCAGACACCCAUUGUUUGUGGGACAAAACAUGCCUCCACGAUUCCGUGGCAUGGCCCCUGCUGACUACGCCCAAAGUGGCAUGAUGUCACCCCCUGCCAUGUCACCAACGUCCCCCUCUCAGCGUGGUCAGCGUCCACAAUUUCAAAAUGCAUUCCAUGGUGCCGAGAUGAUGCACAACAGCAUGCCGCCCAGGCCCAUGGGUCCUCACGGGCCACGUCCCAUCCACUCCCCCGACAUGAUGGGAGGGACCUCUCCAACAGCCGACAGCCACCUGAGCAUGGUGGGGCCUCACAUGCAGGGCAUGUCAGGGUACAGGCAUCCACCUCCUCAUGGCCAGCACCAGGCUAUAAUGAGUCGCCCACCAUUCUCUAUGCAUCCUCCUCAUUCCACAGCCCCCAUGGACUUUCCUCCCCGUCCCCACCUCCCUGCCAUAAGUAUAGCAGGUCCAGGAAUGGGUAGUUUCCAUGGACACCAUCCCUCAGCAUCAAGUCACCAGUCAGCACCACAAUCGCCAUCUAGUACCACUUCUUUACGCUUGCCUGCUGCCGGUCCCAAUUUUCCCCAGGAUUCCCGCAUGAUGUCUCCAGCUGAAGUAGACCUUCUUAGGCAAGCUGAUCCACGCCUGCGCAUGCUUGCAGAGCAGAAGCGCAUGGGCAUGAUGCCCCCACGUCCUUUUCCGUCCCUCCAUGAUGCAGGUGCCUCCAGGUAGUGGUGCUGCACCAUUCCCAAUGCACCAGCGUCCACCUCGGCUGCGGCAUCCCAUGUACCAAGAUGAAGGAGGCAUGGAUCACUUUCACAACAUGCACAGCAUGAAUCGCUCAGUGGGCCCUGCGAGCAUAUCAGAAGGCCAUUCCACAAUGA